UCUUGACUUUUCCUUAACUCUCUCUCUCUCUCUCUCUCUCUCUUCCCUUUUUUCUUGAUAAAUAGAUUCCAAUUUGGUUCUUUCCUCCCUCCAUUUGCCUUCUCAUUGAUUAAUCUUCAAACUUAAUCUUGAGGUUGUGAUGAAGAUCACAAAGCCGUGGUUUUGAUUCUUCGAUAGAUCUAUUCCUUCGUUGUCAAGAUUCUUUUUGACUUUCUUUUUGUACACUAAUUCUGAGGUCUAAGAGUAAUGUUCUGUCUGAAAAAUUUGAACCUUUCUUCGGUCUUGUCCGUAUAGAUAAUACCUCAAAAAUUCCAAAGUUAUCUUUUUCUUCCUCUUUUCGUCCUGGGUUUGUAGGGAUUGAUUUGUUUUCCUUAUAUGAAAUGUAAAGUUAGAGCCUUUGAAUCUGUUUGAGACUUUGAAAAUCUUGAUCUCCAUGGAUCAAAGUUAGGAGCUUUUUGAGUUAAAGUUUCUGCAAAAAGAACAAAAAAAUGGCUACUUUAACUGAGCCAUCAUCAUCCUUAAGCUUCACGUCUUCUCAUUUCUCUAAUGUCUCUGUUGGGUCUAACCAUGUCUCACCAAGCUCAGCUUCUAACCUCGAAGUUGUUAGUCUAAGCAAACUCAGCUCCAAUCUUGAGCAGCUUUUUAGUAACCCUGAUUGUGAUUACACAGAUGCAGAGAUCAUUGUGGAUGGUGUUCCCGUUGGUGUUCACAGAUGCAUUUUAGCUGCAAGAAGCAAGUUCUUCCAGGAGCUGUUCAAGAAAGAUAAAAAAAGUUCCAAGAUCGAGAAACCAAAGUACCAUUUGAAAGAGGUGUUGCCUUAUGGAGCGGUUGGGCAUGAAGCUUUUGUUUAUUUACUGAGUUAUAUCUACACUGGGAGGUUAAAGCCAUUUCCUUUGGAGGUUUCCACUUGUGUUGACUCUGUUUGUGCUCAUGAUUCUUGUCGACCUGCUAUUGAUUUCGUCGUUGAGUUGAUGUAUGCUUCUUCUAUUCUCCAAGUGCCUGAGCUUGUUUCGUCUUUUCAGCGGAGGCUUUGUAACUUUGUGGAGAAGUCUCUUGUUGAGAACGUUCUUCCGAUUCUUUUGGUAGCUUUCAACUGUAAGCUGACUCAGCUUCUUGAUCAAUGUACUGAGAGAGUGGCGAGGUCAGAUCUCUACAGGUUCUGUAUCGAAAAGGAGGUUCCUCUAGAAGAAGCGGAGAAGAUCAAGCAGAUACGUCUCAAGUCUCCACAAGAAGAAGAAGAAAACAGUCCCAAGGUUUCGGAUAAAAUCCUCAAGGCGUUGGACUCAGAUGACGUUGAGCUUGUGAAGCUUCUUUUGACCGAGUCAGAUAUCACCCUAGAUGAAGCCCAUGGGCUUCAUUACUCAGUGGUGUAUAGUGAUCCCAAAGUUGUUGCCGAGAUUCUUACUCUUGAUAUGGGUGAUGUCAACCACAGAAACUCACGUGGCUACACGGUUCUUCAUUUAGCUGCGAUGCGUAAAGAGCCGUCCAUCAUCAUAUCUCUUCUCAAGAGAGGUGCCAAUGCGUCUGGCUUCACGUGUGAUGGACGCAGUGCGGUUAAUAUAUGUAGAAGAUUGACAACUCCAAAGGAUUAUCAUACUAAAACAGCUGCGAAAGGGAGGGAAGCUAGUAAAGCACGGUUGUGUAUAGAUCUCUUGGAAAGAGAAGUAAGGAGGAACCCUAUGGUUGUUGAGUCACCAAUGUGUUCUCUUUCUAUGCCUGAAGAUCUUCAAAUGAGACUGUUAUACUUAGAAAAGAGAGUGGGGCUUGCUCAGUUGUUCUUUCCAACAGAAGCUAAAGUGGCUAUGGACAUUGCUAAUGUAGAAGGUACAAGCGAGUUCACUGGUCUUCCACCACCUUCAAAUGGGUUAACCGGAAACCUGAGUCAGGUUGAUUUAAACGAAACUCCUCACAUGCAAACCAGAAGACUUCUUACUCGUAUGGAAGCUCUAAUGAAAACAGUUGAGACCGGUCGUAGGUACUUUCCAUAUGGGUCAGGGGUCCUAGAUAAGUAUAUGGAGGAGUACAUAGACGAUGAUCUACAGAUUGAGAAGGGAUCUCCACAGGAGAGAAGACUGAAAAGAAUGAGAUAUAGAGAGCUUAAGGAUGAUGUCCAAAAGGCGUAUAGCAAAGACAAAGAGUCUAAGAUUGCACGGUCCUGUCUUUCAGCUUCAUCCUCGCCUUCUUCUUCGUCUUCUUUAAGAGAUGGUCUGAAGAACUCAACAUGAAACUUUAGUCCAAAUAUGUGGUAUCUGUUGAAAAGGUUUUCCGUUUUGGGUGUUGUUUAGAUACUUUAGGUUCAGUUUAAAUAAAAGAGGGAUGGGUAGUUAGUCUUACAACAGUAAAAUUACUUGCUAACCCAAAACAUUCUAACUACAUGCAACCUUUUGAUUUUAAUAUUUUGGUAUA